AUGCAAAUUCAGCUCGUCCCAGACAAGUGAGUAACUUUUGAAAAAUUUUUCGAAACCAGAAGUUCAGAAACGGCGUGAAAGAGUGGAUGGCGCUAGAGGUCCAUGGUAAAAUAACCCAUGAUGGAGUAGACUUUAACAACAAGUUAUUAGGUGAAACAAACUUUAUUAAUAGUUUAAGUAAGGUUUAAUUUACAGGAACCCUUUGCUGGACAGACAAGAACACCGUCUAUUUAAUGAUCGGCAACCAGCUUCUUGAAGGAAAGGUACGCGAUUAAAUAUAUCACAAGUUUCGAGUGAAGAAAACCGGUACGCGACUACGGGGAAAAAAAAUUAACAAUUUCAAUCCUAAAAAAAAUUGAAUGAAGAUCGUGACUUGGGAGAAAAAAGAAAAUGGACUGAUUAUGGCUCGAGAAAAAGUCAUGAGAAAGGGUUUGAAAUAACUUUAAACCUAAUAUUAUCAAUGCUCAUUCAAUUAUUGAUUUUGAUAAAGCUUUCUUAGUUGAAGUGGAAAAAAGCUUUAAAAUAGAUGGCUGUUUCGGUGAUUUUCUUUUAAAAAAACUCAUUCAUUUAUUUAUUUUUUGUUUCUCUAUUUCAUUUAAAAGUACUUUUGGCAUUUUUUUAAACAAAGAGCUUACGUCGAAUCUGAUGAUACUGGAAACCCUUCAGUUCUGAGGUCUCAUCAGGUUCUUUCAAAAAAUAUUAUUUCUUUUGAAUAGAUUAAACUAAAUUUUAAAUUUUAAAAACCCGUCGGGACACAAGUUCGAGGCGAAACUGAAAACUCCUUUCUCGAUAUUUUCAAAAAAAUUUCCGAAUUUGUCGCACACACACUUCAGACAAUAAACCGGGUUAUUGUGAGAUUCAAAAAGGUCAACUAAAAACAAAAAAUGAAGAAGGACAAGGAAAAAGAAGUACUUUUUUAGUUGUGCAAGUUCGAUCGGCCAGUUCUAGUGAUGGAGAAGGACCAGGGAAACGGGACAAAGCAAUUGAAAGUACGGGCCGUGGUUCGCAACAGGAUUCUGUUCAAGACGAGGCCUUCGCCGCUGCUUCUCAAGUAG